AUGAGUCUCGUUGAGGGGAAACCAUCGAUCUACUUCUCCGGUGAAGACACACAAUUUCUAGCUGAAAGGAUGGGGCACACAAUUAUUGGUAAGUUCUCACAUUCUAUUCCUUCGUCUCACCAAAUACAAAAAUGCCUGAGUAAUAUGAAAUUUAUUGGAGGUUUCUCAUGGAAAUACAUCAAUGCAAAACAUGUGGCGAUUCAAGUGGAGGAUGCAACGGACUACGCGAAGUUGUUAGUGGGGCAGAAUGGUAUGCCGGUUUGGUAUGUGGAUAGACAUCCGAUGAGAGUGUUCCGUUGGUCGCCGGAAUUCAACCCUUAUUUCGAAACUCCAAUCGCAGCAGUAUGGUGCAAUCUGGUGGGGCUGCCUAUACAUCUUUUUGAAAAAUCAGCUCUAUUCACGAUAGGUGGAAUGCUAGGAAAUCCUAUCCAAGUCGACCAUGCAACGGCUUCCCAAACAAGAUUAUCAUUUGUCAGGAUAUGUGUGGAAAUAGACAUCUCAAAUCCGCCUACGGAGGAAUUUAUAAUUGACAUUAUGGGAAGGGAAGUGGUUCAAAAGGUGAUAUGGGAUAAGAUACCACUGUUUUGCCGGGAGUGCCACUACGUUGGACGCUCUAGCUCGGCGUGUUACGCCAACGGUCAAAGGGAAAGACCGAUGAAGAGGAACUACCACACACCUAGACACAACAACUCAGCCGAGACACAGCAACAAAGCCGUUAUCAACCAGUGGCAGGAGAAAAUGACUCGGGGAAGAUAGCAACACACCAGAAAGUGCAAACAGAGGUACCUAAUCAAGAUCAUCAUGAGGCUUCUGCUAGUAAUGAGAGGCAACAUUGGAGCAAUGAUAGAGGAAAGGAACACAAUAAACCGAGCCAUGGAGCGGAGAGGCAGAGGGAGGUGGAUGAAGACGGAUUCCAGAUACAGAGGAGAAGGAGGGGACCUAAGCAAAGUCACCCGAAAAUUCACAAUAGUGGGUUGCCUAGGACAAACUCAACUGGGGAUAUCGGACAUCAACAAUUUGCUGCCAAACCACAAGACAACCAAGCUGGAGUUCUCCAUCUCAGUGACCCACAGAAAUCCAACCAAAAGCAGGAAAUGACUCCGUAUUGGGGGAGGCUUGAUGAAGCAUGGAAAACAUUUGUGAAACCAAGCUACUAUAAGUAG